AGUGUUGAGGAGAGAGAAAGCCUUGGUCUUAGCUUUGCUACCUUUGCUACUCUGAUCACAGCUGGAAGGUGGAUACAAGAGCUUUGCAUUCCAGACUCAGGAAGUCUAAAAGUAGACCUGGCACUUGACAUUCCCAUUCAGAAGGAACAUGAAGAAAAUCCCAGCUUGAAGUAAGUCCUCCUUGGAGAUAAAGCAUGAUUCUGGGGCAGCCGGAUCAGGUUAUGAAAUGCAGGAUGGGAACAGCUUCCUGUCCACUCACCAAGCCUCGGUCCCCACGCCUCCCCAGCUGGAGCCUGUUUCAGGCUGACUUGAGCUUUGUGUUACAGCUUUCCAAACAUUUCUAAUCAGAUACUCUUGGAUGAUUUGGGGAAAUAAUGAAUCUUAGUGGCCCGACCAGGGAUCAGAUCCACAUCUCCUGCAUUGCAAGGCGGAUUCUUUUUUGGGGGGAGAGUUUGGAAGACCAUUUGUCCUUCAGUUUUAUUUUCACUUUAAUUAUUGUGAAAUAAGAUUUAAGUGUGGACCAUAUUCUCCAGUUCUAGCUAAAGAGAUAAGCAUGUUUGUAUGUGUGUGGACAAGCUUGUAGAUUUCUAAUUGUUGUCUCAACACUUUAAAUCACAACACUUUAAAGUCACAGCUCCCUCCUUGGAGAGAUUAAGGGUUGUUCCCAUUGCUGUUGGCCAGGAUAAUCAUGGACUGACAGUGUAGAUGAACAGAAAGGAUCUCUUUAUUGUUGUCUGGAGUUGUGGCACCAUCUGUUACCCAAUGGCUUUUAGAAAAUUGAUAAACAAACACAAGGGAGUCAGAAAUGAUGUUCCAUCAAUGCUAUGAGAACUUCCUUACAGACGUUUAUCUCCAAAUUUUCUCCUUGCAAAACAUUAGUUAUAGAAAAACACACAUUUAUACCACCUUCAGUUGUGAGGUUUUUGAGCUCUACCCUGUAUAAUUCAGAAUCAGUCACUCUUUGGUUGUAAAAAAAUGUAGGCAAAUUGCCCUUAAACUUUGUUUGGCAUCGUGAAUUUGAAAAUGGACUGCUGUUGUCCACCUGGACCUCUUGAAACGGAGUUCAGAUCAGUGGUGUGCCAGAGCCCUCUUAUUCCCACCCACACAAGCAACAUUCAGAACAUCAGGAAUUUUGCCAGCUAAUUGUUAAGCUCACUCAUAAAGUCAGCAAGCACUACGGAUCAGGGCUUCUGUUUAUCAGAGAGUCUGUGCUCCAGUGGACAGCUGGCAUCCACGGUUAGGGUGCAGUCAGUCCACGCUUGUGUCCAUCCAGCAUGACGCCCGCAAGCUCCUGGAUGCCAGUGUGUGGAGGUCACAUCCUAGGUGUCUCCCGCUGUGUCCCCUCUCAUCCUGCACCUCUGCCUGGUUCCUAUCUUUAUGGUCUUUGUCCAUGAUCACUGCCACUGCCUCCCAGCAGACUCUCUACCACUGGGGGGACUUGCCUGGUGGUCCAGGAGCCAAGACUCCAUGUGCUCCGUGCAGGGGGGACAGGUUCAAGCCCUGGUUCAGGGAACUAAGAUUCCCACAGGCUUUACAGUGUAACCAAAUAAAUAUAUAAGUAAAUCUAGUACUAGAAUACAGUUUAGGAAAGAACCCUGCUAUCCUGGAAUUGCAGAAGAGAUAGUUAUCUCCAACUAUUGGGAAAAAUUGCUAUAUAAACAGGGCACUUUUGAUUGACUGUAAAGUAGGUGUGGUUUUUAUAAAGUAGUACCCCAAAAAAUUGUUCUACAGACUGAAUCUAUGACUGUAGAAUUUAUUUUCAAAACAGUUGGCCAGUGCUAGGUUACAGCCUGUGACUAUGUGACAGUGACAGAAAUACAACCACCGUGCUGCUGACCCCGUGAGUUUUGACCUCCUGAUUGUCCUGUUCUAGCCAGCUGAUCAGGAGCAGUUUGUCAAUGAAAAUAUCCCCCAGAGGGACUGCUCCCCUGGGGCAUGGUUACCCCCAUCUCUAUCUUACUCUGCCCGAGUCUGGGCUGGGGGAGACCCUCCAAGCUGCCUCAGCACCAGUGUGCUAUCACCCAGCCUGGUGUAAGUGUGUCCAUAAUUAACACUGGUUGUUGUCAUUUUAACUUCUAAGUCAUGUCCAAUCCUUUUGUGACCCAUGAACUGCAGCUCUUCGGGCUCCUCUGUCCAUGGGAUUUUCCAGGCAAGAAUACUGGAGUGGGUUGCCAUUUCCUUCUCUAGGGGAUCUUCCCGACCCAGGGAUCAAACCUGCCUCUCUUGUGUCUUCUGCAUUGGCAGGUAGAUUCCUUUCUACUGAGCUAAUUAACAGUGUUAGAUGUGCAGAAAUACAAGAAUGCUGCAUUUUCUUUAUUUUUUUCCAUUUUCACCAUUUUUUAAAGUUUUUUAUUUUUAUUUUAUUUUUUUUUAGGAAGUCCCAAAACAAAACUUAUUUUUUUUAUUAUUAUUAUUUUUAAAUUUAUUUUUACUAGUUGGAGGCUAAUUACUUUACAAUAUUGUAGUGGUUUUUGUCAUACAUUGACAUGAAUCAGCCAUGGAUUUACAUGUGUUCCCCAACCCAAUCCCCCCUCCCACCUCCCUCUCCACCCGAUUCCUCUGGGUCUUCCCAGUGCACCAGGCCUGAGCACAUGUCUCAUGCAUCCAGCCUGGGCUGGUGAUCUGUUUCACCCUAGAUAAUAUACAUGUUUCGAUGCUGUUCUCUCAAAACAUCCCACCCUCACCUUCUCCCACAGAGUCCAAAAGUCUGUUCUGUACAUCUGUGUCUCUUUUUCUGUUUUGCAUAUAGGGUUAUUGUUACCAUCUUUCUAAAUUCCAUAUAUAUGCGUUAGUAUACUAUAUUGGUCUUUAUCUUUCUGGCUUAUUUCACUCUGUAUAAUGGGCUCCAGUUUCAUCCAUCUCAUUAGAACUGAUUCAGAUGAAUUCUUUUUAAUGGCUGAGUAAUAUUCCAUGGUGUAUAUGUACCACAGCUACCUUAUCCAUUCGUCUGCUGAUGGGCAUCUAGGUUGCUUCCAUGUCCUGGCUAUUAUAAAUAGUGCUGUGAUGAACAUUGGGGUGCACUAAAGUUUUUUAUUUUUUAAGUGAAGGAUAACUGCUUUACAGAAUUGUGUUGGUUUCUGCCAAACAUCAACAUGAAAGCCACACGGCCUCAUUAAGAACGUAAAACGUUUGUGAGUCUCCUGCAGGUUUUCUUCUCUGGAUUGUAGAAGCUCGCUGCCAGCACUGCACUCUGGGCCUGGAGAGUUCAGAGAAUCACUUCAAUAAUGUGACAGCCUCAUCCAGUUAAAAUGGAAUUCAGUGCCAGCUUCCCUCAGAGACAUUCACUGAAACUCUGUGCAUGAGCUGUUCCUGUUGUCACUUAAUAAUGUCUCUCAUGUUUGCCAGCCAGUGACAGCAUUGCUUAAGUUCAUUAGGCUGGACUGGACUUCCCUGGGAUGUGUGAAGCCUCCCACAGCUCAUUCUGCAUCUUGUUCGGAGCAAGGAGCAGCAGCCUGUGCCACGCUGUUGGGGGCGAGAGCAGAGGUGGGUGGGGUCCGGGGCUGACCCCUGCAAGGUGGAUUCUUAGCCAAGUGGUUUGAUAGUUAACAAUAGUAAAUCUCCCAAUCCAUGAACACAGUGUUUUCCCUUUUAUUUAACUUCUUUCAGCAGUGUUUUGUAAUUUUUACUAGUUUUUGUUGUUUCUACUCUUCAAUUCCAUUUUUGAGACAAAGAAUGGUUUAUGAAAAUGACAUACCGAUAUUUUCUAUAAAGUUCACAAAGGAUAUGUAGCCCAGGUAAGCAUGUACAAAGGAGAGCAUGUCACCAUGACCCCUUACAGAGCUGGGAAAGAACACUGUUGUUUUAACAAGUUACACUGCUAACAUCAGAAGGGAAAGAAACACUGAUCUUGAUGGCUAAGCAGGCACUCCACUUUGGAGGAGCUGUAGUUAAUGUGUGCUCAGACACACCCUAUAUCCCUCUAUACACUAAAGGGACCAGAGGGAGGGAGGAGGCCUGAACAAAGAAAUUUUUAAUUUUUCUUGUCCUGCCUUCAAAUAGAAAUUUUUAUGUCAUCACACUUUAGCGCCUGUAUUAGAAAAAAAAAGAUUGCAAAUAAAUAACCUAAUGCUACAUGUUUAGGAGACUAAGAAAAGGAAGAGCAAACUAAACUUGGUGCCAGUAAAAAGAGCAUAAAAGGAAGCAGCAAGCAAAACAUUGAUUCUUUGAACAGCUCAUUGAUAAACCUAGACUGAUUCAGGAAAAAAACCCCGCAAAUAUCUAAUAUCAGAAAUGAAAGUGGAGCGCAGAGCGGUUUGGUCGUUCGUUGAAAGGAGUUCUUCCGUUCGUUGGAAGUUUUUCCCGUAGCUGAGCUAUUGGCUCUUUGCGCAGCAGCGGCGGUGCGGCAGUCGGAGAAGCGGCCUAAAACUUCGGCGCUGGGUAAAAGAAAAUGGCUCGAACCAAGCAGACUGCUCGUAAGUCAACCGGUGGGAAAGCGCCCCGCAAGCAGCUGGUCACAAAAGCAGCCAGGAAAAGCGCCCCCGCUACCGGCGGGAUGAAGAAACCUCAUCGCUACAGGCCCGGGACUGUUGCGCUUCGAGAAAUCCGUCGUCACCAGAAAUCCACCGAGCUUCUGAUCCGGAAACUGCCUUUCCAGCGGUUGGUGAGGGAGAUCGCCCAGGAUUUCAAAACCGACUUGCGGUUCCAGAGUGCCGCCAUCGGUGCGCUGCAGGAGGCUAGCGAAGCGUACCUGGUGGGUUUGUUUGAAGAUACUAAUCUGUGUGCCAUCCACGCUAAGAGAGUAACCGUCAUGCCCAGAGACAUCCAGUUGGCUCGCCGGAUACGGGGAGAGAGAGCUUAAAUGAAGGUGGUGUUUAUGGUGUUUUGUAGUAAAUUCUGUAAAAUACUUUGGUUUAAUUUGUGACUUUUUUUUUGUAAGAAAUUGUUUAUAAUAUGUUGCAUUUGUACUUAAGUCGUACCAUCUUUCACUCAGGAAGAAGGCGAAAAGUGACUGUUCACAGACCUCAGUGAUGUGAGCACUGUUGCUGAGGAGUGACAAGUUGCUAAUAUGCAGAAGGGAUGGGUGAUAUUUCUUGCUUCUCAUGAUGCAUGUUUCUGUAUGUUAAUGAUUUGUUGUGUAGCUGUUAAAAGUACUAGAAUUGAUAAAUGUGUACAGGGUCCUUUUGCAAUAAUACUGGUUAUGACUUGAUCCAAGUGUUUAACAGUUGGGACUGUUAAGUCUGACCAUACAUCACUGUUACAGAAUGUGGACUUUUUCAGGAAUGAAGAUAAAAGUCUUAACCACAGUGUAACUUACAGUUUCCUUAAAAAAAAAAAAAGUAAACCUGGCAGCUAUAGAAUACACUAUGUGCAUUUACAGUAGCUAUUUUAUAUAUUGUAGUGUCAACAUUUUAAAAUUAAAUGUUUUACAUUGACAUGUGCUGCGGAGUGUUGUCUUUAAGGUGUGUAUAAUUGAGAGACGGAUAGGUUUUCUCCUGAGUAGACUACACUUGUUUAUGUAGUAAAAUGCUUUGUGCAUUAUGCCUUGCAUAAGUCCUUGUUCUGCCACAUGUUAAACUAACCAUCUAGCUGAUAAUGCAAACACUAACAGGGAGGGGGAUUUAUUUAUAAGGGUUCUAGACUAUAAUACAAGUUAUUCAUACCAGCAUCAUCUGUUACUAAUAUAGUAGUUAGUGCAGCUUUUCUUUGUGUUGUGAUUGGUCUCAUAACUAGGUUGAACUUUUCUCUACCAAGGAGGAACAAUACUGAACUUUUUUUCCUUGUGGGGUUUGUAUUAUGAUAACUGUUAGGGUAAACUUGCUGUGGGGGAGGGACACAGCUUCAGCUUAUGGAACCUCUGCCAGUUAAAAUGGUGUUCAUGUGGCAUAGGUUCUAGGAAAAUCACUUCAUAGAGAUGGCUUUCCAAGUGGUUUUAAAAUUUAUCCUUCUAUUGAAGUUUUUAGGUCAAUUAUGUAUGUUGACUAAAUUUACAAAUAAACUUGCUUAUUCAAAAAAAGAAAUGAAAGUGGAGACAUCAACCUUACAGAAAUAAAAAUUCCUAGAAAUAUAAAUUGCCAAAACUGACUCAAGAAAUAGAAAAUCUGAACAGAUCUGCAAUGAGACUUAAUUAGUAAUUAAAAAUGAACCCCACCCCCCACCCCCGCCAAAAGAAAUGGACAGUAUACUGGUGAAUUCUACCAAACACUGAAAAAGGAGUUAACACCAAUCCUCAAAUGCUUCCCAAAAAUGUCAGAAAGGGAAAAACUCCCUAACCGAUUCCAGGAACCUAGCAUUACCCAGAUAUCAAAACCAGAGACUCUAUAAGAAAACAGUAGACCAAUAUCCCUUACGGACACUGAUGCAGAAAUCCUCGGUAAAACACUCAGAAAUGGAGUCCAGUAACACUAAGGAUUACUCACUGGCACAUGGUACCAUCCCAGCACUGCAGGGUUGCUUCAGCAUCUAAUACCCAUUGUUGCAAUGCACAACAUUAAUACACAAAGGAAAAAAAAGAGGUUCAUCUCAAUGCAAAAAAGUAUUUGACAGAUUCAAUACAGUUUCACAAUAAAAAUCACACAGCAAGCUGAGACUAGAAGGGAACUUACUCUACCUGACAGGACAUUUAUGAAAAUCCACAGGUAACGUUCUACUCAUUGGCCAAAGAGAAAACGUUCCCCUGAGGUCAGGAUCAAGAGA